AUGAACCCAGGCCUUCUGCGUUUGGAGGAGCUGGUGCGACACUUCCUGAUCUCCCGGGAAACGCUGUCAGUGCGGAUGUUAGACGAGACUCUGGACCCAACGCCGCUGCUCAAAGAAAUACGAGACGAUAAAGUGGCAACAAUCAUCAUUGACGCCAAUGCCUCAGUGUCUUACGCCAUCCUACGAAAGGCGAAAGAGCUGGGCAUGACCACGGCCUUCUACAAGUACAUCCUCACCACAAUGGACUUUCCCUUGCUGCGACUGGACGGCGUUGUGGACGAUCAGUCGAACAUUGUGGGCUUCUCACUCCUGAACACCAGCCACGCCCUGCACCCCCACUUCCAACGCAGCCUCAGCCUGAGCUGGAGAGACAGCUGUGGGAGGGGCCAGCACCCAGGGGCAUCUAUGUCGUCGGCUCUCAUGUUCGAUGCGGUGCACGUGGUGGUGGGUGCGGUUCGUGAGCUGAACCGCAGUCAGGAGAUCGGAGUGAAGCCCCUGAGCUGCAGUUCACCGCUGAUCUGGCAACACGGCACCAGCCUCAUGAACUACCUACGCAUGGUGGAGUACGAGGGUUUGACAGGACAUGUGGAAUUCAACAGUAAAGGACAAAGGACCAACUACACUCUGAAGAUCCUGGAGAAGCACCGAGGAGGCCACAGAGAGAUUGGGAUGUGGUUUUCUAACAACACUCUGGUGAUGAACUCCACGUCUCUGGACCUGAACUCCUCCGAGUCUCUGGCCAACAAGACCCUCACCAUCACCACUAUACUGGAAAGCCCGUAUGUGAUGCGGAAGGCCCGGUUCCAGGAUCUCUCUGGCAAUGAUCGGUACGAGGGUUUCUGCGUAGACAUGCUCCGUGAGCUGUCCCACCUGCUGCAUUUCUCCUUCAGACUGAAGCUGGUGGACGACGGGCAGUACGGAGCCCCAGAACCCAAUGGCAGCUGGACGGGCAUGGUGGGCGAGCUCAUCAACCGGGUGAGAGGCAGCGUUUGA